AUGAGUUGGAUGCGUUUCUGUAAUGGUCACCAUGAACUCAUAAGGAAUAAUAUAGGUGGUUGUCCUCCAAGCCAAGUUCUGGUACUAAUUCAAAGUCAACAUUCGAGGAGAAAUUUCUCUCGCAGAGCUCCGAAAGCUCAGCUCGGUGGCCCAACUUUCUCUGUGUAUGCUCUGUCUUCUCAUCCGGCUCUGUUCAACUUCAUUGGUCCCAGGGAGGCACUGCACCAAAGUGGCCCUAGUGGGAUUAUGGCUGCUGAUGCUAUCAUAACGGACAGUGGUGCCAUGCAUGUAGCAGGGGUUCCAAUUGUAAACCCCUCAACAAUUGUAGUAUGGGAGGUGACUCCUGGCCCUGGAAAUGAACUCCAGACGACUCCAAAAAUCUCUACAGGCAGUCGUGUGCCACCAUCCCUUAGUUCGUCGUCUUGGAUAGGCUUUGCUCCUUUAGCUGCUUACUUGUUCAAUUGGCAAGAAUACUUGAUAUCCGAGAUAAAACAAGGGAAGAAGCCCACAGAUCAAGAAGCCACUGAUGCUAUAUCACUUAGCUGCUCGCCGGUUUCCAAUUUUUCUGCUUAUGUAAGUCCAGAGGCUGCAGCUCAGUCUGCAGCAACCACGACAUGGGGAUCUGGAGUUACUGCCGUUGCUUUUGAUCCAACUCGUGGUGGUUCAGUGAUCGCAGUUGUUAUAGUUGAGGGGCAGUACAUGUCCCCGUAUGAUCCAGAUGAAGGUCCUUCAAUCACAGGCUGGAGAGUACAGCGCUGGGAAUCAAGCGUUCAACCUGUUGUACUGCAUCCGAUAUUUGGAAACCCAAGUUCGAACUUUGGUGGACAGGUCCCCACACAAACUGUCUGGGUAUCCAGAGUGGAUAUGAGCAUACCACCUACACAAGAUUUUAAGAACCAUCAAGCAGCUGCCGCAGGACCAAGUAAUGCACAAAAGGAGCCUGAUUCUGGUGAUUACAAGGCUAACAAGGUUGUAUUUGACCCUUUUGAUUUGCCAAGUGAUAUUCGUACACUUGCACGGAUUGUCUACUCUGCUCAUGGUGGUGAAAUUGCGAUUGCUUUUCUUCGCGGCGGAGUACAUAUCUUUUCUGGUCCAACAUUUUCACCCGUUGAAAACUAUCAAAUAAAUGUUGGUUCAGCAAUUGCUGCACCUGCGUUUUCUCCUACAAGCUGCUGCUCAGCUUCUGUAUGGCAUAAUGCUGACAAGGACUGUACAAUGUUGAAAAUCAUCCGUGUUCUUCCUCCUGCCCUCCCACGUAACCAAUCAAAGGUUGAUCAAUCAACAUGGGAACGGGCGAUAGCUGAGAGGUUCUGGUGGAGUCUUUUGGUCGGAGUUGAUUGGUGGGAUGCAGUUGGCUGUACACAAAGUGCUGCAGAGGAUGGCAUUGGUAUACUACAUUACAAAAAGAGAAAAGAAACAGGGAAAAAGAACAAACUCCCCAAUCUAGACAGGAUCAAAUGUCGGUUGCUUGAAGGAACCAAUGCUCAAGAGGUUCGUGCCAUGGUUUUAGAUAUGCAAGCAAGAUUGUUACUAGACAUGCUUGGAAAAGGAAUUGAAUCAGCUCUUGUCAACCCUUCGGCGUUGGUUUUUGAGCCAUGGCGAUCAGAUGGGGAGACAAUAUCAGGCAUUAAUCCCGAGGCUAUGGCUGUUGAUCCUGCUCUUGUUUCCAGUAUUCAGGCUUAUGUGGAUGCUGUUCUUGAUCUUGCUUCUCAUUUCAUCACACGUUUAAGACGCUAUGCGAGUUUUUGUCGGACACUUGCGAGUCAUGCUGCUUCCGCUGGAACUGGCAGUAACCGCAACAUGCGUAUAGUCCAGCGCUUACAAGCUUCGCGAAAUGCUCAGAGACAUGCUGAUGUUAGUUCACAAAAACUUCAAACGGGUGCUACGAGCAAGUUGGAAGAGGUCAACUCCGGUAAACCAACCCCUGCCUUGAACAGGAUAGAGGAAGCUCAGGGAUUCCGGCAUCCCCAGUUAGGUGCUGGAGUGAAAGGGAUCGAUGAAAAUUCUGCCCGUACAACAAAGAUGGGCUCUGGGAAUGCCGGUCAAGGAUAUACUUUUGAGGAGGUGAGAGUACUUUUCCAUAUACUAAUGGAUCUCUGCAAGCGAACCGCUGCUCUUGCGCAUCCCUUACCUGGCUCUCAGGUAGGUAGUGGAAACAUCCAAGUUCGACUGCACUAUAUUGAUGGAAACUACACUGUGUUGCCCGAGGUGGUAGAAGCAGCUCUUGGACCACAUAUGCAGAACAUGCCUCGUCCAAGAGGAGCUGAUGCUGCUGGUCUUCUACUUCGGGAGUUGGAGCUUCAUCCGCCAUCCGAAGAAUGGCAUAGAAGAAAUUUGUUUGGUGGUCCUGGGUCAGAGCCUGAGGACUUGGUCCCGUCAGAUGAUACUUUCAAGCAGAGUCAUCACUUGGAUCUGCCUGAUGCAUACAAUAGAGUCCAAAAUCUCUGGCCAAGAAAACGCAGAAUGUCUGAAAGAGAUGCAGCUUUUGGUUCAAACACUUCUCUUGGUUUGGGUGCAUAUCUUGGAAUCAUGGGUUCUCGUAGGGAUGUUGUGACCGCGACAUGGAAAACUGGUCUAGAAGGAGUUUGGUACAAGUGCAUAAGAUGCCUAAGGCAGACAUCUGCAUUUGCUUCACCUGGUGCUUCUAAGCAGCCAAAUACGAAUGAACGAGAGACCUGGUGGACCAGCCGUUGGGUUUACUGUUGCCCCAUGUGUGGUGGAACGUGGGUCCGUGUUGUAUAG